GUGUAUGUGUGUGUGUUGUGUCUUCCUCACGGAUACGCGAAAAUCUCUUGGACGAAUUUUUUCAUUUUUAUAAUUUUCCACAAAACAUCAAAUCAACUAUUAUUAAUUUUUAAUUUUCCAUCAAACUAUUCAACGCAGAUAAAUUUUCAAUCAAUUGCAAUGUGAUUUCGUGAUAAAUAUCCCUCGCCAAAGUUAAAUUUUCAAUCCGACGAAAGUUUCAACAAAAAAAAAUCACCUUCGACACAAGAAAAUCUCGAUCGCUGUGUGUUUUACGUUUUUCUUUUCUUGUACUUCUUUCCUUUUCUCUCCUUUUCCUUCUUAACUUUUAGUCGGUUCAUUUUCUCGUUCACUCUUUCUUGUCGUACAAUUCUUUUCCUUUGUCGCCCGCAUUAAAAAAAAAAAAGAAAAAAAGAAAAACUCGAAAAGUCUCGUCGACGAAGACCCACCUUGCCAAAUAGUUCCAGAGAAAAAGAAUUUUAUUUUCUUGGUUUAGGCAAAAGAAUUAAAAAAAUAACAAAAGCACAGAGUUGUGAUUAAUUCUUUGAGUCUGAUUCCGAUUCUUGUCAAUUUUGUUCUUGAACUCAGAAAAGCGUGCAAAUAUAGCUCCUUGGAUGCGAAGUCGUCCCGCAGGCGCCGCGGUUAUAGCCAAAUCAUCUCGAGAACUCGAAUCCGGGAGGCGCUCCGCUGUGCCACCAUUUACAUUAAAUUGUCGCGUUGCAGUUAAAAAAAUGUCGAUAGCGAGUGCAAAUUCACUUUUUUCACACAAAAGUGAGAAUUUCUUUGAAUGAGAAACAACAAAAUAGGAAAAAGAAAAAAGUAAAAUAAUACGAAAAAGAAUAACAAGAAAUUUUGAAAUUGAAUAAAAAAGAAAAAAUUGCAUUUUUAAUGUUUUCGACGCGAGUUCCUUAAGGAAUUUCCCAAUAUUUCCUCAUUUGCCCCGGAUAAGAAGAGAAAGAAGUAGAGAACUUCUUUGCCUUUGCCUAGACAAAGCGACACAGCCAUCCAGCAAAAUUGUACUAAAUCGGGAGAUAACCGGAGCCUGGAGCAGCGGGACAGCAGGACCAUAGUAGUGAAGAUGUCCGGCCUAAUAGAUGAAGAUCGCAGGAAAAGAGCGGCGCAGCUGGAGGAGAGAAUGCGCGAUCCGUUUAGCCAUGCGAAUGUCGACUGCUUAUUGGAUACGGUCACAGCUCUGGUUGCAGAUUGUGACCACGAUUCGCUUAAGAUCCUUAAAAACAUAGAAUCGUAUGCAUCACGAUAUAAAGGACUUGCAAAAGAGAUAGCUGAACUGCGAAUGAAUGUAGACGAUUUUCAUUUCAUCAAGCUCAUCGGUGCGGGAGCAUUUGGCGAAGUGCAACUUGUUCGACAUAAAUCCUCUAAGCAAGUUUAUGCUAUGAAGCGUCUAUCAAAAUUUGACAUGAUGAAACGGCCAGAUUCGGCAUUUUUCUGGGAGGAGCGUCACAUCAUGGCGCACGCCAACUCCGAGUGGAUUGUGCAAUUGCAUUAUGCAUUUCAAGAUACCAAGUAUCUUUACAUGGUGAUGGACUACAUGCCUGGCGGUGAUAUAGUCAGUCUAAUGUCCCUAUACGAAAUUCCCGAAAAAUGGGCAAUUUUCUAUACAAUGGAAGUGGCCCUGGCUGUGGACACAAUCCAUAACAUGGGUUUUGUGCAUAGAGAUGUGAAACCAGACAAUAUGCUUUUAGACAAAAAUGGUCACUUAAAGCUAGCUGAUUUUGGAACGUGUAUGCGAAUGGGACCAGAUGGCUUGGUGGUGUCAAGCAAUGCAGUUGGCACUCCCGAUUACAUCAGUCCUGAAGUGUUGCAGUCACAAGGGGUUGACAAUGAGUACGGGCGCGAAUGUGAUUGGUGGUCGGUGGGAAUUUUUCUGUACGAAAUGCUGGUUGGCGAUACUCCAUUUUAUGCAGAUAGUCUAGUCGGCACCUACGGCAAGAUUAUGGACCACAAAAAUUCCCUCUCAUUUCCAUCUGAAGUUGAAAUAAGCGAAAAUGCCAAGUCGUUGAUACGUGGUUUUCUAACUGAUCGAUUGCAUCGGUUGGGUCGUCAUGGUAUUGAUGAAAUCAAAACACAUCCGUUUUUUCAGAACGACACGUGGACUUUUGAAAAUAUUAGAGAAUCUGUGCCACCCGUUGUGCCGGAGCUUAGUAGUGAUGAUGACACGCGCAAUUUUGAAGAUAUCGAACGUGACGAAAGCCCAGAAGAAGUGUUUCCUGUGCCCAAAACCUUCGAUGGAAACCACCUGCCAUUUGUUGGUUUCACGUACAGUGGUGACUAUCAACUUCUGGGUACAGAUACUGUAGACACAAAAAGUGCCGUUACAAACAACAAUAUUCACCGCCAUCGCCCAUCUAACUCCAAUGAACUUAAGCGACUCGAGGCGUUGCUGGAACGCGAACGCAAUCAUUCCGAUACGCUAGAGAAGCAAGACACGGCUUUGCGUCAGCAAAUUGAAGUUAUUACCAAACGAGAAGCCGAAUUGCAAGUUUUAGUAAGCGAUUAUGAGAAGGAUUUGGCUAUUCGUAAACAUAACUACAAGAUGGCCAUGCAAAAGGUGGAACAAGAAAUGGAAUUACGCAAGAAGACCGAAGCUCUACUUGCCGAAACCCAAAAGAAUCUCGACGAUGAGCAUAAGAUCCGUACACGUGAAAUGAACAAUAAUCAACACCACAACGAUAAAAUUAAUACACUUGAAAAGCAGCUGGCUGACAUGCAAGAAAAUCUUAAAAGUGAAACGGAAAACAGCCAGAAACUAAAGAAACAAGCGGCAGAGCUGCGUCUGGCGAAAACGGAGGUCGAACAAAAGGUGAAUCAGCUACAGGCUCUUUUAUCAAACCUUCAAAUUCAACGUGACAACCUGCAACAGGAAGUAGCCGAGCUACAAACACGACUUAUUCAAGAGAAAAAUGCCCGCACACAAAUAAAAGAGAUACAAAAAGAGCUGGAAAGUAAACUACAAACUGUAUCCACUGACCUAGAUCGCUGCCUUAAUCGGGAGCAACAAGCCAUCGUGGAUAAUCAGACUCUGAAUGAGAAGAUCUCGGACCUAGAAAAGUCCAAUGCCAGCUUAGACCUAGAGCUGAAAGCCGCACAAGGGAGGUAUCAACAAGAAGUGAAGGCUCAUCAAGAAACAGAGAAAUCUCGAAUGCUGAGUCGUGAAGAGGCAAAUAUGCAGGAAGUUAAAGCUCUGCAAACAAAACUCAACGAAGAAAAGUCGGCACGCAUUAAGUCCGACCAUAGUUCGCAAGAGAAGGAGCGUCAAAUAACAAUGCUCUCUGUGGACUAUAGGCAAAUACAACAGAGGCUGCAAAAACUCGAAGGAGAAUGGCGACAAGAGUCCGAGAAGGCAAUGGUCCUGCAGAGCCAACUGGACCAAGAACAAAGCAAAAAGAACAAUCUCGUGUCGGAAUUGAAUUUACAGAACUCCGAAGUUGCUCAACUCAAAUCUCGCGAAGGACAACUGCAGAAGGAAAUAAAUCAGUUGCGAGAGACAAAGCGAAAGUUCGAAGAGGAUAUCGUUCAGAUCAAAAAUGCUCACAAUAAAGAUAUUCUUUCAAUGAAGGAACUACAAGAUCAACUAGAGGCCGAACAAUAUUUCUCUCGUCUCUACAAGACCCAGAGUAAUGAACAUCGCGAGGAGAUCAACGAACGAUGUCGGGAAAUUCAAGAACUGAAGGAAGAGCGUGUAUCGCUUAAACAUCAAGUUCAAGUUGCUGUAGCGCGAGCCGAUUCAGAAGCACUCGCAAGAUCAAUUGCUGAAGAAACUGUGGCCGAUCUAGAAAAAGAGAAAACAAUCAAGGAGCUUGAACUUAAAGAUUUCAUGACGAAGCAUCGUAACGAAAUUGCAGCUAAAGAAGCUGCCCUGGUGGCUAUCAAAGAAACUGAAGUUGAAUUCUUGAAGAAACUCAACAAGAAAAUAGAUGAGUGCGAGGAAUUGCUGCAACAGAAUAAAAUUAUGCAGGAAGAGAUGAUACAAGUUAAGGCCGACAAAGACAACGAAAUUGUUAAACUUAAAGAAAAAUGGAAGACUGAGAUGUUACUUAAACAAGUGGCUGUUAAUAAACUAGCCGAAGUGAUGAAUCGCAAGGAUACUGAUUUGCAGAGCAAACAAAAAGCAAAAGUUCGCUCAUCAGCUGAUUUACGUAAAAAAGAAAAAGAGAGUAGACGCCUGCAACAAGAACUUACUCAGGAGCGUGAUAAAUACAAUCAAUUGCUGCUCAAAUUCCAAGACCUUCAAAGUCAACUCAUUGAAGAAAGUCAUGCACGAACUAAGCUGCAAAUGGAAAUCGACUGUAAAGCAACGGAGAUCGAACAAUUGCAAUCGAAACUAAAUGAAACAGCCUCGCUUUCAUCUGCCGAUAAUGAUCCUGAGGAUAAUCAAGAUUCAGUCUUUGAAGGCUGGUUAAGUGUGCCAAAUAAACAAAACAUUCGCCGACAUGGAUGGAAGCGGCAGUUCGUUAUUGUAUCAUCGAGAAAAAUAAUAUUCUACAAUUCCGAAAUAGACAAACAGAAUACAAUUGAUCCUGUGCUUAUAUUAGACUUAAGCAAAGUAUUUCAUGUACGUUCCGUGACACAAGGGGAUGUCAUUCGUGCGGAUGCCAAAGAAAUUCCUCGAAUAUUUCAACUAUUAUACGCUGGUGAAGGUGAGGCUAGACGCCCUGAAGAACAAAAUUUAGAUAUCAGUGUGUUAAGAGGAGGAUCUGGGGAUGAGCGACCUGGGACCAUCCUAUACAAGGGUCAUGAAUUUGUCCAUAUUACAUACCAUAUGCCAACUGCUUGCGAAGUUUGUCCAAAACCGCUUUGGCAUAUGUUCAAGCCGCCGGCGGCCUACGAAUGCAAAAGAUGCCGCAAUAAAAUCCAUAAGGAACAUGUAGAUAACAAUGAUCCAUUGGCCCCAUGUAAAUUACAUCACGAUCCUCUUAGUGCUAGAGAAAUGUUAUUGCUAGCUGUAACGCCAGAUGAGCAGCAUCUUUGGGUUACUCGUUUGUCAAAACGUAUCCAAAAGAGUGGGUAUAAAGCGAAUUCAUCAACAAACAAUAAUUGUUCGGGAGAUGGUAGUAAAAUUUCACCAAGCCAAUCAACUCGUUCCAAUUACAAGCCAUUUGCAGUCAAUGUACAAAGAUCAGCAACACUUCCAGCUAAUUCAUCAUUAAAACAUCGUGGUGCUGCGAAACAGUAAAAAACUAAAAGUCAAAGUAAUCUUCAACAUCUUUAAAGAACUGGGAGCAGCUAAGCAAUAAAAUUUAAGAAUAAUAUAUAUUUUUUUUAUUUUCUAAGGCAUAGCAAAACGAAUUUGUAUUUUUUAAUAACAACAUUCCGGACAAACAUGCCUCAUAUACGUCAUACCGUUAUACAACAUACAAACAAAAGUAAACGUUCAUUAAAUUGAAUAAAAAUAAAAUAAAACAAUCAAUCAAUCUAGAAGAAGAGCUCACACAAGCAAAACUGCCUUAAGUGCUCCUUUUGUAUAUUUAAAAUUUUGUAAAUGUACUUAUUUCAUUAAAUUUAACAUUUAAAAAAAAAGAAAAGCAAUAAAAUGAUGUUCAAUUCGAUUUAAGAAUUAAAAAAUAAACUCAAACUUAAAGUACUUAGAUUUUUAAAAUACAACAAAAACAAAAACAUUUUACAAUGACAUACUACACCACUUACAUUAUAAAACUAACCGCCUUAUUAAUCAAUAAACCAUGUAGAUACGAAUACAAUUAUUAAAGCUUUUAUUACUAGUUUUUAUCAAAAAUCAAAAAAAAAUAAUAAUUAGGAGUCACAUCUCAUAUGCGGGUGCUGAAAGUAACUUCCACUGCGCUAAUUUUAGAAUAUUUUCAAUUUAGACCAGAAUUUUAAAAUAUCAAUUUUUCAACAACAAGAAAAUGUCUGUGUUAAAAUUCUUUUUUUUUGGUUCAUUAACUGAAAAUCUGUCCUAUUACGACUUCCAUCGAAAUCGGAAAAUUGUAUGAAUCCCCAAAUUCAUUCAACUUGCAAAAUUGUACAAAUUUUUUAACUAAUAUCGUAUUUGGGUAUAGGUUUUUUGGGGUUGCCUAAAAAUUUGAGAUUACGACGGAAGUCGGAAUAGGGCUGAAUACCUUAUUGUAUUUCUUUUAUUUUUGUUAACUCUGUAAUAGUGUAAUAUUAAAAUGGUUUUUUU